AUGUCGGAACAUCGCGAAAUCCCCAAAUUCACUGUCGAUCUGUCUCUCCCUCCCGAGACCCGCUACGACCAUAUCGUCCCGCACUUCAAGACCGCCGUCGACUCGUGCGAUUUACCGUCCCUGUUCUACGCCCUCCUCGAUGAACUUGUCGGAAAAUCCGCAGGCAAAAUAUUGGCUGCGAUAUCGCCGAUGCUCAUGCGACGCGUUCAUUCAGACGAGGAAAAUGCAGAAUUGGUCGGUAUCUCGAGAGCGAUCGGCAUUCCCAUGCAUAUCCUCGUUGCCUUCAAUGUCCUCUUGGACCUUUUGCUGGGAUGCACGAGCGGCGGGGUACGAACACUUGAUCCAGAUUCUGGUGGGAAAGCGACGCGGAUGCUUCAUUUUCGGACUCUCGACUGGGACAUGAAUCAAUUGAGGAAUAUUAUCGUCGAGCUCGAUUUCGUUCGUACGCCCGGAGGUCCGGUCAUUGCGACUACGGUUGGGUAUCUUGGGUACAUUGGGGUCUUGACAGGUGUGCGAAAGGGCAUGAGUUUGAGUUUGAACUUCAGACCGCACCAUGCCAGGGAUACUCUUCGGCAACGACUGUCUUACAGAUACAACCAGGCAAUGGUCGUUCUUGGGCAACGACAGUCCAUCUCAAGCAGUCUGAGAGAGAUUCUACUAGGCGACUCUACGAUACCGGAGAAACAGUCCGACGAAGCGCACGAGACGGACAACACCAGACCUGAUCUGCAGGACCAAUAUAUCCAACAAGUCUUCUCGAAACUCUCGACAUCCAGUUCGACCGCCGCAUACCUCAUUCUCUGCCAACCAGACCGUGUCUUAAUCCUCGAGAAAGACAACCACAGCGCAUCGAUCCGCGAAUCCGACACAUUCCUCACCGCCUACAACCACGACGUCAAAGACGAAGACAACCCCGAACUUCUCCAACAAGCCGCAGCAGAGCUCGCAGCAGGCGUAGAUGCAACGGGCAUGGCAGACCUGGUAGCCUAUUCACUUGAACGAAAGCACGAUUUGGAUAAGCUAUGGGGGAAGUGUGUUCGGGCUUGUAGAAGACGGUACAAGCUGCGGAAUGAUGUUGUGACGAGGGAGGAUGUUGUGAAGUUUUUGCAGAAUGAUAUGAUUCGGAAUGAGGAGACGCAUUAUGCUGUCAUUAUGGAUCCGAAGGAGGGGAAGGUUCUGUGGCGGAGUGCGUAUGAUUAUGUCAGUGGGAGUGAAGACGGGAGUUCGGAGGGGACUUGA